UUGCGUCUUCUUCUACGGGGACGCGCCUCUGACGCACCUGCAACGAUCUUCACCCCGAGCGGAACACGCGGGUUGUUGAACCAAACAAUUCUUUCUGCCGAGUGACAACAAGACUACUCGGUACUUUAACAGCAAGGUUAUUUAACUCUGCAUCUCCCACGUUUAAACGGAGUCAAAGCAGAUCGACCGACGCACCCACAGCGCACAGCCAUUGCAUUAAAGCGUCGCUGCACAUUGUUGAGCUUUUCGGUUGCUAAAUAGGUCACCACUUUUUGUUGAUAGUCCGGUAUCGUAAACUUCAACAACAUGGUGGUGCUGAAAAGUGUUUCUCCUCCCACCGAUGGAGUGAGACACGAGCAAGCCGAGACUAGUGCCAUCCUAGAUGGCAAGGGUUUGGGCUGUGGUACCCUCUACGUCGCGGAAACGCGUCUGUCAUGGUUCGACGGAACCGGGAUGGGCUUCUCUCUGGAGUACCCGACUAUCGGGCUACAUGCCAUUUCCCGAGACCUGGGAACCUACCCGCAGGAACACCUGUACGUUAUGGUGAAUGCCAAGCUCAACGAUGAGAACGAUGCAGAGAUGAGAGAGAAUGCUGAGGAUGAAGAGGAUGAAGACGCCAGUGAUGAUGAUGAUGGUGGUGCUGGUGAUGAUGAAGAGGGAGUGAUCAGCGAGAUCAGAUUUGUGCCCAGCGACAAGGCAGCAUUGGAGCCCAUGUUCUCUGCGAUGUGCGAGUGCCAGGCGUUGCACCCCGACCCAGAUGAUGAAGACUCUGAGAACGACUUUGAGGGAGAGGAGUACGACGUGGAAGAGGCUGGUGAGUCGGGUCGGGGCGACAUCCCUUCCUUCUACACCUGUGAGGAGGGUCUCUCGUCGCUGAACUCUGAGGGCGAGGCCACCCUCAGCCGUCUGGAGGGCAUGUUGGCCCGGUCCGUCGCCCAGCAGUUCCACAUGGCCGGCGUACGGACCGACGGCGGUGACUUCGAGGAUGGGAUGGAUGUGGAGGGAGGAUCCGCUGAGGCCGGACAGUUUGAAGAUGCAGAUGCGGACGUGGAUCACUGAUGGCGUUCUACUGGUGCAGCACUCGGGGUUGAUGUUGCAUUUUAGGUAAGGACGAUUAAAAGACGGCAAUCCCCCCCCCCCCCCCCCCCCCCGGUGUCACAGCACUUCCUGGUCUCCCGUCCUGUCUCCCAACCUCAAAGAAUGAAGCGGCACUCUUUUUCGUCAACUCGAUAGACUAACAUCGGCUCUUAUCUAGAUUAUCUAGCACACAAAGUGACCUCCAGUGUUGGAGAGCUUGUGUCACGCUUAUUUGUUUCUUGACAUGGCGUAUUUAUCUACCCUGAAAACAAAACAGCCUUACAUAUCGUAUGUUUUAUAUUAAACACGCGGGAUCUUGUAUUGUAUUCGUUUCCAGCUCUUACUGUCACAAGUGCAUCCAAGUUCAGGAUUGCAGAGUCUCGACCUGUUAUGAUCUGCUGGACUAUUGAGACGUGACUGUAGACUAGUUCCAUUCCAGUAGGCGUCUGUAAUGUAUUGAGAUGCAGCCUCUGAUGUAGUUGUAUCUUAUUUUUGGUCUUUUAGUGUGUUUUGUACCUUUAGACCAACUUUAUAUGUCAUUGUCCCUGAGAAGAACAGCCGUCUUUGUAUAAAAACUUAAUAAAUAAUUUUUCUACAAAAAGUUCACAA